AUGAUAUUCAACCAUCUUUGGUGGCUCCUUUUAAUACAUAUUUUCUGGCACUUUAAUGUAUAUUUUAUAAGAGGAACUUGGCCCUCAUCAAACUAUUCUAGUAUACAAUUACUUGGUCUUUUCCAAGACGAAGUUAACACAUCUGAUCCUACCAAAUCGUCUGUUUAUUCUAGUGCCAUGUUCAAAGCAGCAGUUUUACUUUCUCAACAAUAUAAUAUAACUAUUGAAGGGAAAUAUUUAGAAUCGCAGACAGAACAAAUGGGUGGCAAUACUAUAGAUGCUCUUAGUGCAACAUAUCAAACAAUAUCUGCCUCUAAUAUUGUUGGAAUUGUUGGUUCGGAAUUCUCCAGAGAACCACCUUUUAUUGCUGAUUUAGCGCAAAAAGUUGGUAUUCCUGUUAUAUCAUAUAUAACAACAGCCUUCGGUUUAUCUAAUCGAAAUACCUAUCAUGCGUUUGACCAUACAGUUCCUUCCGAUUAUUCAUUUGCAACAGCAAUGUAUGAGCCUGAGACAUUUCCUGAAUCGACAAAAGUAAAUUCUUAUGCAUUAUUUGCAUUUGAUGCAACUUGGCCAUUGAUUCAAUCAUUACACCAAUAUUGUUCAACAUUUAUUACUAGUUCUCUAUGGUGUAUAUCAUUGACUGGCUCUUCAUACUGUUUUAAUCGUCGUUUUCUCAAUUCUAAUGCAUUUUUUGAUACAAUUAAUAGUAUGACAUUUCUUGGUGUAUCUGGUCCUAUACAAUUUAAUAUGAAUGUAACAGAUCGAAUAAAUGGUAGUUAUUAUUUUACACAGAACUCGCAAACUAUUUCAAAUGGUAUGAAUUUCAUAUCUGUAUUGGGCUAUUCCGAAGAUCAUGGUUGGCAAAGAUAUACAGGAGCAAGCGCCAUCAUCUGGCCAGGUGACACAUUUUCAACUCCAACUAGUGUUGCCAAACUACGGGGUGUAAAUUUAAGUAUCGGUGUGCUCAAUUCAGUUCCAUAUACCAUAGUUUCUACUGUAACUGAUCAAUUUUGGCAACAGAAACAAACGUUAACUGGUUAG